AUGAGUCAACAGCCGAACAGCCGCAGGGAAACCAAGACGGACCGCCAUGGGAUAAGGAGAGAACGGGAUGUGCUGCUUCUUUAUGGCGCAGCAUUUCGCAACAUUCCACAUGUCGGCAAUUUGGAAAGCCAUGUACCUCGACUAUCCCUCGAUUCGACUCUGACAGCCUUGUGUCAACUUACUGCCAUUCGGAUGGGAGCACAACGGUCCAUGAUAUCACUCCUUGACGAUGAACGCCAACACAUACUUGCGGAGGCCACCUGUGACUUACCCCUACGACCAGAAGCCCCAGGUGACGCUUCGCAUGCACUCUGGCUCGGGAACGUAAGCAUUCCGCGGAGCUGGGGUAUAUGCGAAAAGGUCUUGGAAUUGAAUCCAAACGACGAACCAGUCCUGGUGAUCAAUGAUCUCACCACAGAUCGGAGUACAUGCUUUCGAGCGGAUAUCCAAGGCAACUCUGAUAUGCGCUUUUACGCCAGCGUCGCAUUGAAGUCUCCAAAUGACGCGAUAGUCGGAACGCUUUGCAUCUUCGACACCAAGAGCCGAAAUGGUCUUCUCAAAGAGGAAAUAGACUUACUCAAAGACCUGGGUUCUACGGUUGUUGAUUACCUGAACACGUACAUGAUGAGAGACCAGUACAGGCGAGGAGAGAGGUUUACACGCGGUCUUGUCUCUUUCGCUGAAGGCGCGUCUGCCCUUGUACCUUUUGAUGGAGAAGCGCGGCACGAUUCGUUAGUACCUUCGCAAACAUCAUCCGAUUUAUCUUCCACAACAGACAAGGAGAUAGCAUCUGCAGACGGUGCAAAAAAUGUGCGGGAUGGUGUCGCGUCAACCCAGACUACUCUGAGUCGUCCACCAUCAGCGAUGUCAAAGAGAACUCGUGCUAAAUCUGCUCGACACCGAUCAAUCCGCACGCUUCAGGACUCUAUCUUACCUACUGACUCAAAGUCCAUGUUCUCACGUGCUGCAAAUGUAAUGAUGGGCUCGAGCGAUCUGGACGGUGUGCUCAUACUCGAUGCGAGCGUUGCCGCGAGCGGUGGACAACGUCGUAGCAAUAACGCCUCGGGAAGUGGUACUGAGGCACCCUCCGAAUCGUAUCAGUCCAGGUCCUCUAGCGACGAGGCAAGCUCUAAUAGUACUGAAGGACAUCUACGCGGCGCUUCCUCGUCGAGUUCCAAGAUGUGUCAGUUGCUUGGGAUGGCAACUCCGAGCGAUAAAGAUAAUCCGGACUACGGGACAUUGUUGGAACCUGACCUUUCGCGCUUAUUUCAUGAAUAUCCACAUGGCAAAAUCUUCACAUUCAACGCCGAUGGUUGUUCUUUGUCGUCAACUGAGGAGGUGUCGAGCUCUAACGCCACUGAACAUCUGUCACCUACCAAACCAUCGAAACGCAAGACCAACGGUCGGCCACAGCGAGGAUCGACUGCUAUCCAGGCUAUGUUUCCCAAGGCACGCAGUGUCGCUUUUAUCCCCUUUUGGGAUUUCGAGAGGGCCCGAUGGUUCGCUGGUUGUCUAUGCUGGAGCAAUGAUCCAUAUCGGUUACUGUCCGCUUCGGUGGAUUUGGCAUAUUUCAAGAUCUUCAGUCACUCAAUCAUGAGGGAGCUGUCAAGAUUGGAUGCUGUGGCUUUGAACCAGGCUAAGACGACGUUCGUCGCAUCCAUCUCACACGAGUUACGUUCGCCCUUGCACGGCAUACUGGGUACACUUGAGUUUAUCAAGGAUACGCCGCUAGAUUCAUUCCAAACCAGUAUGAUGAACUCUUUGCACGCUUGCGGUACGACUCUUCUCGAUACCAUCGACCAUGUUAUGGACUACGCCAAGAUCAGCGAGGCCAAGAAGAACGUCUCCUCCAAAAGACUGAAAAAUGCAAACACGAUACGACUAUCCUCUAAGCCAUUGAAGAACCGAAGAAGAAGAGAUCCCGCAUUUGAUCUUAGCAUCGCAACUGAAGAAGUCGUCGAAGCUGUCUUUUCUGGAUCCUCAUAUAUCCCGGUCACCUCAAAGCUCAUGGAAGCGCCACUAUCACCUACCGAUGAAUACGCAAUCCCAUUCCCACAACGCAAGGCACGUUUCGUCGUUCUCGAUCUGGCUUGCGAUGAUGAUUGGGUCUUCUCAUUCCCGAUUGGAUCUUGGAGGAGAAUAGUGAUGAAUUUAUUUGGCAACGCCGUGAAGUAUACGGAAACAGGAUAUAUCCAUAUUUCCCUACGUUCUAGCAGCAUGGGAGAGAAUACCUAUGCUCCUACUGCGAUCACACUCACUAUCACGGAUACUGGCUCAGGUAUGAAUCCCGAGUUUCUUGCAAAUCGGAUCUUCCAGCCAUUCUCCCAGGAGAAUUCACACGCGCCCGGCACAGGCUUGGGCCUGAGCAUAAUCCGCCAGAUCAUCGACACGAACGGUGGCAAGGUUGAGGUCAGCAGUGACCCCCAAGUCGGCACUAAAAUCAUAGUCAAACUCGCUCUUACCAAACCCGAAAUUCCUGGUGCACUAACGACUGAGCGAGCGCAAUACUUGUCUUACCUACCGAGAUUAAAAGACCGGAGGAUAUGCAUCCUUCGCAAGAAGAUAGCUGGGCCGAGCGAAAACAACAACGUCUCAAAGACGGACGAAGGCCUUUUACGCUUCACCAAUGCUCUAGUCUACACCCUAGAGACACACCUUAAGAUGGAGGUUGUGAAGACAACCGAGUGGGAAGGUCAUCAUGCCGAUAUCGUCAUUUGUCCUGAAUUGUCUUUUGACUAUCUCGCUACGAUUCGGGAACGGAGAGUCCAUGGCCAACGCGCCCCAGUAACUAUUUUUGUUGGAAUGGACGCACUCGAAGCCGCGACUCUCGGUUCGGAUGUCCGUGUGACAAACCGGGAAUCUGUCGUUGAGAUUAUCACCCAACCUUGUGGACCUUACAAAUUGGCUUAUGUCCUCAACCGAUGUCUGGAUCGCUACGACCAUCCGGAUGAGAAUCUGGAGUCCACUGGUCCGGCUAGCCCACCACCACGGCCUAUGUCGCAAGAGAUUCAACAGCAGACGCGUGCCUCUUCACCAAUGAACUCGAUGCAUGAAUCCAUUAAGUCUCUCCACUUUGGUUCAUCUAGGCCGAUCGGUUCUUCUACAGCUGGGUCCACCACUGCGCAGCCUUCAAUUACAUCGCCUCUCGAAGAAGACCCUGAUAUAUCGCACACGCUCAUCGUUGAUGACAACCUCUUGAACCGAAGGCUCCUCAUUGCAUUCAUGAAGAAAAACGGUCUUCAGUUCGAAGAGGCAUCGAACGGACAAGAAGCCUUGGACAAAUACCGGGAAGGCUCGCCCAAAUUCGAUGUCAUACUGAUGGACAUGUCCAUGCCGGUCAUGGACGGAAUGAGUGCUACACGUGCCAUUCGCGAAUACGAACGAAAUAGUAACAUGCCGAAAUGUUCUAUAAUUGCACUUACUGGCUUAGCAUCGUCAAGUGCUAAGCUAGAGGCGUGGAGUUCGGGGAUUGACUACUUCAUGACCAAGCCGGUUAACUUCAAGGCGCUUGGAGAGCUUCUUAGAACCGAUGAGACACGGAGGCACGCGAGACUGAAAAGUACAGGGGAUAUACGGGCUGCGGCCAACAUGCCUCCUGAACGUGGUCUAGAGACGUGA